GCACGUACGCACACGCACGCCCUCACACGCUACUUUUGCUUAAAGGAUUUAAGUUUAUUUAAUAAGUUUAAAAGUGGGAAAAAAACAGGAAGGGGGGGCCGUACGCGAUCAUCUGCUGGGAGCAUGUGACCGCAUUAGACGCUCACAUGGCCGCAGUGGUGAUCCGCUUUUAGUCCGCAGCCCGAGCAGCGGAGCAUCCGGAGGAGCCGAGGAGCGCAGCGAGUCUUUGCACGGCGUCUUACCCCGCACUCAUCAUGGCGAACGGCGGCCAGAAAGUCGUGCUGAUCACCGGCUGCUCCUCCGGCAUCGGCCUGCGGAUCGCCGUCACGCUGGCCAAAGAUGAGAAGAAGCGUUACCAUGCGGAGCUGCGCCGUGGCACCGAUCCUCCUUUUACGCACUUUAACUCCCGAACGUCCUGACGCGGCUAAAGCUCACUGAUAUGUCAUUGCGACCAUGCGGGAUCUGAAAAAGAAGACCAAGCUAGUGGAGGCGGCGGGUGACACAUACGGGAAGAACCUGGUGUUGCUACCGCUCGAUGUGUGCAGCGACGAGUCAGUCAAGCAGUGCAUCGACAACAUUAAGGACCGCCAUAUUGAUAUCUUGAUUAACAACGCAGGUGUGGGCUUGCUGGGCCCCGUGGAGAGCAUCAGCAUAGACGAGAUGAAGCGGGUUUUCGAGACCAACUUCUUCGGAGUCGUGCGAUUGAUUAAAGAGGUGAUGCCCGACAUGAAGACGAGGCGAUCCGGACACAUUGUGGUCAUGAGCAGCGUCAUGGGGCUUCAGGGAGUGGUGUUCAAUGACGUUUAUGCCGCCUCCAAGUUUGCCAUGGAGGGCUUCUGUGAGAGCAUGGCAGUGCAGCUCAUGAAGUUCAAUGUCAGGUUGUCAAUGAUUGAGCCUGGCCCGGUGCACACAGAGUUUGAGACAAAGAUGAUGGAGGACGUGGCAAAAAUGGAGUAUCCGGGAGUGGACGCUGACACGGUUCGUUAUUUUAAGGACGUUUACCUGCCGUCAUCGAUAGACAUUUUUGAAGCCAUGGGUCAGACGCCGGAGGACAUAGCCAAAUGCACUAAAAAGGUUAUCGAGUCGAGCAGCCCUCGUUUCAGGAAUCUGACCAACAGCCUGUACACUCCCAUCGUGGCCUUAAAGUAUGCCGACGAGACGGGCGGCCUGUCGGUCAACACCUUCUACAACCUGCUCUUUAAUUUGGGACCUCUCAUGCACAUCACCAUGAGCAUCCUCAAGUGCCUGACGUGCAGCUGCCUGCGUCGACGCACUGUAUCGCCUAAUUAACCUGUCCCCCCCUGGUCUCCCCCCAAACCACCUCCUCCAGGAACCAGUAAUUACUCCUAAGGAGGCACCUUCUCCAUUGACAACAUCCAACAGUGUACAGUUCAUGCACAGAUACAGAAAUAUAUUUAAUUUGAAAAAAAAGGACAGCAGUGCAGUUUGGCAUGAACUUUAGGAAACGCACAAAUGUCCCCACAAAGGACACACAGGAAAGCACAACUCAAAGAGAGUGAUGCAAAAAUAAUAAUAUUAAAAGACAUAAUUGUCGAACAUUGUCUUCCACAUCAGGAAGAGUAAAUCUUAUUAUCUAUUAUCACCUUUGUUGUCAUAACUGCUGUUCAAAUGUUUAAUUUUUAAUCUUUUUGAUCAUUUUUGUUGCUUCUCGAGGCUUCUUAAGGGUAGGCCAUAUAUCCUCUUAUUUGUUAGACUGAAUUUUUAAAUAAAUUCCAAUCUGAUUUACCAUAUUAAAGUGAUCCAUUUUUUGCGGUAGAGCAGUUGAUGCGGUGGAGAGUGGAUGCGAUGCGUCUUACUCACCGAUAGAUGGCAGUAUUUCUCAGCCUUUUUCGCCACUCCGUUGAACUCAUUCCUUUAAAAAAAUAAGAAAUAGAGUUAAUUUUUUAAAAUAAUGACUAAUAAUAGUAGAAACAUGAUUUUUUUUUUACAAAUGACGCAGACAGUUAACACAGUUUAUGAUAAUGAUAAAACAAAAAAUAAAAUAAAAACAAUUGAAAAAAAUAAUUAAAACACUCCAGUAAACUGAAAAUGUAAAUAUUACAUGAGAAACAAUAACAAUAAAACAUAUAUUAAACUAAUCAAUCAAGAUAAGAAAAAAUAUAAUAUACAGACGAGGGUAAAUAACAGGUAAAUUCAGUAUUUUCAUGGUCAGGUGUUCAAUGUUCAAGUUUAUUAAAUUGAUUGGAUUUGCAGUAACCUAAAUAAAUAAUUUAAAUUAUUGUAAGUAUCGAGACGUUGAAAGGUGACAUAUUGAAAUAAACUAUGAUAUAAAUAGUGCCUUGAUAAAACACUUUAAUGUGACAGGUGCAUAAAUGUUAAGUUUUCGGCGACGAGGCCUCACGCAGAGUGAAGUGUUUGCAUUUGCAUGUUCGUCCGUGUGCCCAUUAGCAUGCGUGUGUGUGUGUGUGUAUGUGUGUGUGUGAAUACAUUUUAUGUGCACAACUAUGGGCCAAGUUAGUGAUCUGUUGAUGGAUAUAAAGAGGUCAUGGCCUGCUACCCAUCAAAAAACCCUCCCUUGCGCCCCCCGCCCUUCUCGUGCAUACACCCCGCUUUGUGCCGUGUGAGAGAAUGUGACCUGGUUCCCAUCCCCGAGGAGGGGCGAGCCCUAAUGACGGCCUCCUCAGACGCAUUGCCGAGGCCCCAGAACUCCCUCCAGCAGCUGGCUCCCCCCCCCUAUUUUGAGACCGUCAGACAAGGAAUUUGGACUUUUUGUUUUGUCUGCGACAUCCGGUAGCACCUUUCCAGGUCUCACCGUGGUCCCCACGGUUGGGACGACAAUGCAACUGGUUGCAGACGUGUUGUUUGCGAGCUCCUCUGCUCUGCGUAUGUGUCUUCAUCAGAGGCGACAGCUCCCCACAAUGGAACAAAGACGCUGUCAAUCACAAUCAAAUGGGUGUGUAUGGGGGGUAGGACUAAGUUGGGGGAGGAGUCUCGUUUGUUCUGAAUGUUCCGACGUGCCAAGACCCAAUGUUGGGACGCUGGAGUCUAAGGGCAGAAUCCAGGGGGAAAAAAAGGGUGGGAGCGGGGUGUCGAAUUUGGGAAAAUUUGGGUUCCUGAAUGGAAGACCUGUUUACUAAUUGAAUGAACACGGGACUUGGAGAGAAGUCUCAUUGAACCAGGGCGCUCAUCAAACCAUUGUUUCACAAUCAAGGGCCUAAUUGCAGCAUAAUGAGGGCAGCAUGUCAUGUUGAGGUCUCCGUUUUAUUGUCACCCUGUCACAUGUUUACUCACUGAGAUGCAUGUGAACCACACUUAAUAAAUAUUUAUCUACGGCAUUCCAAAAGAAUAUUUCAUUUACAUGCAAUUGGCUAUGUCUGACUCUCUUUGUGUUGCGACUUAAUCCACUUUCUAGCAUCCUCAUUUUCCCCCCAUUGUCACAAUAUAGGAGAAGCGCACUUUGAUUCUAAUUCCGAGAGUGAUGAGAUAGCCCUAAGAACAAAGGUCAGGAAAUUGUGAGAACUAGGUUUGGAUAAGUUGGCCUCCCGGACGAGGCAAAGAAAAGGCUCGGAAUUCUCCGGGAUGCAGGCAUUAAGAGGAGCUGCUGUCUAGACAGAGUGCUUCACCCUGAUCCCAGGUCAGCAGUUUUUUGUUUUUUUUUUAUUGCAAAUUCAGUUUUAGCUUGCAAGCACAGAGAAAGCUUCAUAUCACAAUUGCAUGGGAUUGGACACAGCCGCUCGGGAGUGAUUAAUAUGCAGCUUGUUUGCAUGACAAUUUAGUACAGGGGACUCAAACACGCGGCCCGCGGGCCAAAUGUGGCACAUGGGAGACUAGUUUGAGGCCCCCGCCUUGAUAUGAACGUUUAAUGUUAGUGCGGCCCACGCACGUUUGAUAUGGAUGCUGUAUGAUGUAUCAUGUACCCAGAAAAAAUUAUUACGUUUAAUUAAUGUUCAUGUUAAAGGUUAAAUAACUGUUAAUAGUUAUCCUCCUUAUCCGUGUGGAAGUGGUAAGUUUUUGGCUAUUUAAGUUUAAAGGAAAUAACUUGAAGGCUACCGUUUAGGUCGCUAGCUCUCUAGUUUGCGAGUUAGCAUGUGUCUGAAGACCCUGCAGUUGCGCAAUGUGUUGUUAAUCAGGGGUCGCAAACACACGGCGUGGGACACUAGUUUGAGGCCCCCGCCUUGAUAUGAAAGUUUAAUGUUAGUGCGGCCUGCACAAGUUUGAUAUGGAUGCUGUAUGAUGUAUCAUGUACCCAGAAAAAAUUAUUACGUUUGAUUAAUGUUCAUGUUAAAGGUUAAAUAACUGUUAAUAGUUAUCCUCCUUAUCCGUGUGGAAGUGGUAAGUUUUUGGCUAUUUAAGUUUAAAGGAAAUAACUUGAAGGCUACCGUUUAGGUCGCUAGCUCUCUAGUUUGCGAGUUAGCAUGUGUCUGAAGACCCUGCAGUUGCGCAAUGUGUUGUUAAUCAGGGGUCGCAAACACACGGCGUGGGACACUAGUUUGAGGCCCCCGCCUUGAUAUGAAAGUUUAAUGUUAGUGCGGCCUGCACAAGUUUGAUAUGGAUGCUGUAUGAUGUAUCAUGUACCCAGAAAAAAUUAUUACGUUUGAUUAAUGUUCAUGUUAAAGGUUAAAUAACUGUUAAUAGUUAUCCUCCUUAUCCGUGUGGAA